AGUAGCCAAAGAUGUACAGAGCAAAGCGUCUCUACCAAAUCGCUCAGCAGCGGCUGAGUCACUCCUCGGCCACAUCGAGAGUCGGUUAUGAACGUAAAAGGAGGAAGUGGAUGCCGCAGGAGCUCACAGGAGGUGUAUUGGAGCUCACGUGCAAGUCAUCUGCGCCUAGCGGCGUCUGCAAUGUCUAUUUGGUUGGAACUAAUCACCAUUGUCUGGUAUCUGGGAGAUUAGCUCAGGCUGCGGUGAAAUUCUUCAAGCCAGAGGUUGUUUUCUUGGAGUUGUGCGACUAUCGCAAACCUAUUUUAAUGGGUCAAAAUGCAAAGGUAUUUUGUAUUUGGAGUCUGUUUGUGAAGAGUUACUCAGUCAAUGAAUAUAUGAAUAAUGUUUAUUUGGUGUUGGAGGUCCCAACCAUUCGAGAAAUGGUGGAUAUGUGGAGGAAAAAUUUGACAGUUUCUUAUAUUCUUCACUACUGGAUUGAGACCAAGACUCAAGAUGAAUCAUGGAAUGGUAUAUCCGGUGGAGAGUUUUACUUGGCAAAUGCGGAAGCAAUGAAAUAUGGAGCCAAGGUUAUACUUGGUGAUCGACCAUAUCCGGUUACAGCGAUGAGAUACAUGGGCAAGGCGUCUCUCGUGGAUUUGUUGAUUCCACAAGAGAUAUGUUUGCCAAAAGAUUGCUUCGACAAGCUUCAUGGAAAGAUGCAUGCUGGCGCAAUGGAUCGAAUGAGCGAGGAGUAUGCUAAGCAGGAUCCUAUCAUGGCGCAGACUUUCGUGGAUGAGCGCAAUCAAUAUAUGUCAACAAAGCUACGAGAAGUUGCAACACAGCAUGAAUCUGUGGUUGCUGUCGUUGGAAUGGGCCACGUACCGGGAAUAAAAAAAUACUGGAAUCAGAAACACCCUAUAGACGUUGAUCAACUUCUUAGCGUUCCAAAACAACCAAUGACCGUGUGGGAUCUACUUGCUUUUAUUCUCGCAAUAUUAGUCAUCAUCUUGAGGCUCGUACGCUUUAACGUCGACAGGCGCAGGAACAGGCGUAGUCGAGCAGCUCCUUAAUUUGCAUCAUCAGAAAAUAAAGGUGGCUACUCUCUUCACCUUCUCUCAUUUGGAUCAAUACUCAAAAUGGCAUCUCAUGUAGAACAAUGAAUUGUUGCACAACUUUUUUCGGAUGAGCAGUUGAAAGAUUCAAGAAAAAGAGUAUUGUUACAAUGCAUAGCUGUAAAUUGUACUUGGGAUGAUAUUUGAUACAUAAUAUGUUAAACAUGGAUUGACAGAGUAUGUUGUGAACAAAUACAUUUUUUGAUUGAGUUUCAAAAAACCUUAGUUUCUUAAAAA